UGAAUGAUGAGCAGCGGAGUCUGCGGUUGAAAGCGGAGGCUGCACCGCUCGAGAUGGACACGAGGAAGUCCCAGAAGCUGCUGACGACCUGCAGGUUCCUAAAAAUUAGCACUAUGACUGAUGGAGACUAUGAUUAUCUGAUCAAACUCCUGGCCCUUGGAGACUCUGGGGUUGGAAAAACAACGUUCCUGUACAGAUACACCGAUAACAAAUUUAAUCCAAAAUUCAUCACGACAGUAGGGAUAGAUUUUCGGGAAAAACGAGUGGUGUACAACAGCAGAGGAACAAAUGGAUCUCCAGGAAAAACCUUCAAAGUCCAUCUCCAGCUUUGGGACACAGCCGGCCAGGAAAGGUAACGGAUCUUAACCACUGCGUUUGUAGCUGACGUGGGAUGUUGUUUGUAUUUUGAAUUAUUUUGUCAACAAUCUUGAUCUCUAAGGCGUUUCCAGCAUUCACUUAACUCGUGUUUAUUUCUGCUUCUAGGUCAGCUGCAAGCCAAUGCAUAUUGUGAGAAUCCAGACAUUGUCUUAAUUGGUAACAAAGCUGAUUUAUCAGACCAAAGAGAGGUAAACGAAAGGCAAGCAAAAGACCUGGCAGACAAAUACGGCAUACCGUACUUCGAAACGAGUGCUGCUACCGGACAGAACGUGGAGAAGGCAGUGGACACGCUCCUGGACUUGAUAAUGAAGCGUAUGGAGCAGUGCGUGGACAAGACACAGGCCUCUGACACAGCCAACGGUGGCAGCUCGGGGAAGCUGGAGCCAGUGAAACCAGAGGAGAAAAAAUGUGCCUGCUAAACGUCCCCUCGGAACUGUGAGAAGAUUUCAUCAGAACGUGGCCGACCUACCGCCAAAUCCCAACCGGCUCUGUGGAGCCACGCACGGAAGCAACGUUCCCUUGUUUUAUUGGGAUUGUGCAUUUUGCUCCAAAGAACUGGGUUUAAACUAAAAGCUGUGUUUCAGUGAGGCUCUCUUGUGCUGCAAAUGAUUCUUCCCGAUAAGGUGCCGUCUUCAUGGAAAACUCUCCCGCCUCUUCUUCCCCGCUCCUGUUCCCCCAGCCCUCAUCUUUAUUUUUUUGUGUGUGUGAUCAGGAUACUGAAUAGAGGAAAGUAGCUUUAUUUUUUUAAAAAAAGAAAAAAAAAAAGAGGGAAAGAACCUAUUGUCUGCUUACACUGGAUAUUGAAACUAAAAUGGAGGUGGGUGGUUUUCUAGCUCUGUGCCAUUUUUUCCACAGAAUCCUAUUUCUUUUUAAUCCUUAAUCUGCAUCAGGGACCGUGUGUUUUCUAGGGCAGAAAUACAAAAGAUUUUUACGUGGCCUAUUAAGAAAAACUUUUAUUGCUUGCCCAGAGUAAGCAAUGCUGUGAAUCCACCCUGAAUCACUGAGGUGGUGGUUGGGGAGGGUGGGGGUGUGUGUAUAGGUUUUGGGGGGAGGAAGUAGGGCAUUUAAUUUGAAAAAAAAAAUAUUUUAAAAAAGUCAGGGAAUUGUGCAGCAUUGCUUGUGUUGCCAAUAAUCCAAGCAGGGAAUGGGAAAAAGUAUGGAGAGGGAUUCUGACACUGCAGGGACAGUUUGUAAAGAAGAGAGUGUAAUGUGUGGGAAGAGAGAGAAACUCUAUUUUAUGAAACUAUUUCUAAGGAUCGGCAAAGAAUAUUCGUCUCUCCUUUUUCUUAUUUUUCUCCACAUAACUGCGUAUCACGGGUAGGACACAGGAGGGAGGAAGGGAACUGUAAGCUCUGCUGUGCUGAGCACGCCUCCAAGUCACCUCUGCAGCUUUAUCCCCUGUACAUUUGGGUUUUCAACAGAGGAAAUCGUGCUCUAAAAUUCUCCGUGAGAGGGGAAAAGUGGAAAAACUGUGAGGUGAGGAAUCGGAAUGGCAGGAAACCAGAAUAUAUGGCUGAGUAGAAAGGAACGUGUCAGAGGAUUGUCGCAGCGCAGAGGGUGGAAGCUGCUGCUGUGGGUGAAGGCAAGUUCUAGUGGAAUAGCAAAUUGCUUGUGGCAAGCAAAGAGAAAUACAGGGGAAAAAAAAAAUCAAAAUAUUUAUAAGUAUAGGUCAUUUUCUAAACCAAGUUACAGCAUAUUUAUUAGUCUACCCCGUCCUUUUUUUUUGUGGAACAACGGUUCUGGUUUUAUACAGGUGGUAGUUAAAAGUCCGUUUGUGUUUAUUGCACUUUAAGCUACUUUAAGGUCAGCUGGAAGGCUGGA